GACACGGAAAAUUUUCCUUAAAAUCAAAAUCAACAUCAAAAUUCCCGAAAAAUAUUAAAUUUUUGUAAAUAAACUUGUUAGUUAAUUUAUUCCCUUUAUAUAAAAAAGAAAUUAUUAUGAGUGGAGACAAUGGUGACCUCGAACCUUCCUUACGUAAUGUGAUUGACCAGAAGACUCUGAAAUGGGUCUUUGUUGGAGGUAAAGGUGGUGUUGGGAAAACAACAUGCAGUUGCUCCUUGGCUAUUCAACUUGCGAAAACACGUGAAUCAGUCUUAAUUCUAUCAACCGAUCCAGCUCAUAAUAUUUCAGAUGCCUUUGAUCAGAAGUUUACAAAAGUUCCAACCAAAGUUAAUGGAUUUGAGAAUUUAUAUGCGAUGGAAGUUGAUCCUAACGUAGGAGUGAAUGAACUACCUGAUGAAUAUUUCGAACGUGAAGAUUCUUCAUUAAAGUUAACAAAAGGAAUUUUGCAAGAAAUUAUUGGAGCUCUUCCCGGUAUUGACGAGGCAAUUAGCUAUGCUGAAGUUAUGAAGCUAGUAAAUUCAAUGAAGUUCUCUAUUGUUGUGUUUGAUACUGCACCAACAGGUCACACUUUAAGACUUCUUUCAUUUCCACAAGUAGUCGAAAAAGGGAUUGGAAAAAUGUUGCGUUUAAAGAUGAAACUUCUACCGUUCAUCUCACAGAUGGGGUCAAUAUUUGGAUUGUCAGAUUUCAAUGCUGAUUCUUUUACUUCGAAAUUGGAAGAUAUGCUACAAGUUAUAAGACGUGUUAAUGCCGAAUUCAAGAAUCCUGAUCAGACGACUUUUGUGUGCGUUUGUAUAGCAGAAUUCCUUUCCCUUUAUGAGACAGAAAGAUUAAUUCAAGAACUACUGAAAACUGGAAUUGACACGCAUAACAUAAUCGUCAAUCAACUGCUUUUCAAGAAACAAGGUCCACCAUGUUCUAUGUGUGAAGCGCGAUUAAGGACACAAUCGAAAUAUAUUGAGCAAAUGGCAGAUUUAUACGAGGACGAUUUUCAUGUCAUAAAACUUCCAUUGCUUGACAAAGAAGUUCGUGGAACUGCAAAAGUCAAAGAGUUUUCUGAAAAUCUAGUUGUUCCAUAUAAACCCUAGAAAGUUUCAUAAUCUUCUAUUUUCUAAACUUAUUUUUUAUGAAUUUAUUUUUCUGUACUAAUUUCGAGCGAUGUAUGAUUUUUUAAUUUGGAUGAGGAAAUAAAGUCUAUGACAUAAAUUAA